UUUAAAGGUUUUUUUAAGAGUCCCCGGAACCGCACCGGUAAUAUAAUAUCUUAUUAUCCUUUGGAGUUAUUCUUGAAAUCAAUGAUAAUUUGAAUGACGUGUUACCCAUUUUGUUCAGAGUGUGAUUUGAACUCGGCGUUGACCAAUUCAACAUGAAAAAUUACUGUUUCGAUGAUAUAUGAAACACAGGUACUGCUAUAUGGACCUUAAUAUGUGUAUCAUGUAAGUGUAUCGUAUCCACCUCCGAUACUUGGUGCACGUAUCCAAAAGGAUCCACAAUGUAAAUAAUUAUUGGUAUUUUGGACAUGUACUUCGCAAGUAUUCCAGGUCACGUAUUCCAUAUUCAUUUGUACCCACAUCCCAUAUCUGUAUCCAUGCUUCAUAGGUGAUGAUAUAUUAAUCUCCUCUUAGGUUCAUGACGGCUGACAUUGAGGUUUCCAUAUAACUUUGCUUAUGAUCAUGUAAUUUCUAAAGUUCAAAAUCAGGGAUUGUUGUUCUAGUUCAAUAAUUUCACUGCCGCAGUUGCAUCAGCCUUUUGGAAAAAAAUCGACAAUGGGGCAAGUUUUUGGUUGCAUUCAAGUGGACCAGUCCACUGUGGCUAUCAGAGAAAUUUUUGGGAAGUUUGAUGCUGUGCUUGACCCUGGUUGUCAUCUUAUGCCUUGGUGUAUCGGGAUGCAAACGGCCGGUAUCCUUUCACUACGUGUUCAGCAGCUAGACGUUCGUUGUGAAACAAAGACCAAGGAUAAUGUCUUUGUCACUGUGGUCGCUUCCGUUCAAUACCGAGCCUUAGCUGAAAAGGCUUCUGAUGCAUUCUAUAAGCUAAGCAACACCAAGGAGCAGAUCCAGGCCUAUGUCUUUGAUGUUAUCAGGGCAAGUGUGCCAAAGCUGGAGCUAGAUUUGGUCUUUGAGCAGAAGAAUGAGAUUGCAAAAGCCGUGGAGAAUGAACUUGGAAAGGCCAUGUCUCAUUAUGGAUUUGAAAUUGUUCAAACUCUCAUUGUGGAUAUCGAACCAGAUGAGCAGGUGAAAAAAGCCAUGAACGAGAUUAAUGCAGCUUCGAGAAUGAGGGUUGCCGCAAACGAGAAGGCCGAAGCAGAGAAGAUAUUGCAAAUUAAGCGUGCCGAGGGAGAGGCAGAGUCCAAGUACCUAUCCGGGCUUGGCAUAGCUCGACAGCGCCAGGCCAUUACAGACGGGCUGAGGGACAGUGUGCUUGCCUUCUCGACCAACGUCCCAGGGACAACGUCCAAGGACGUCAUGGACAUGGUUUUGGUCACCCAGUACUUUGACACCAUGAAGGAGAUUGGUGCCUCCUCUAAGUCUUCCUCUGUCUUCAUCCCGCAUGGACCAGGGGCGGUGAGAGACAUUGCUUCGCAAAUCAGAGAUGGUCUCCUUCAGGGCCAAACAGUUUGACACUUGAAAGUUGAGGUUGUGAUGAUCUCUAGAAGGUUGUGCUUGUGUGUAUCAAAUGGUUGCCAUGAGUAGGAGAGUUCGACGUCUGUCUUGUCUCUUCGGUAAUAUAGGCGCAAGUAAGUAGUAGGUUAGGUUUCGGGGACGUUUCAUUCGUAUAUACGGUCUACUUGCUUUUCAUACCGCGAUGAGAUGUUAUCAAGAGAUAAUGGUAGUAAUUCGUAUAAGAGUGCUGUUAUCUGCUA